UCAUUGUGCAUUGGCAACCUGCUUUUGUAGUACAGAAAUUUGUAUUUUACAAAUCUAAAUAAUUUACUAAUUGCAUCAGUGUGUGCACUGGUGUAUAUUCUCUGGUGAUAUCUUGAAUGCUUUGUACGGAGAAAUUGAGAUUAUUUUUUAAUAUAGAAUGGACCUUAUCACAGAAUCUCCUCGGGAAACAGCUGUUUCGUGAAGUGGACAUACUAUAUACGUUACUAACAAAAGCCUCAUUUUUGUACAAGGAAUCUUGUUGACGUUACAGUGAUAUGGUUAUAAUACAAUCUUCUGUUUGUUGGCGUUUAAUAUUAAUAUCAAUUAAUUUAUAACUACUAUCAUAUCAAAAUUGAGUACAAAUAUGAGUCAUAUAUUUGCACGCGGGGAAUCGUUUAUAAUUUCAUGAAGAAACGAUAUCGUAUUAAUGUACAAUUACAUAGUAUUACAGAUACAGUUUUUCGAAAGUUUCAGUUAAUUUUGAAGUAGAGCAUGGAUAAAUUAAGAAGAGCCCUAAGUGGUAACGAUCAGUGCGAUGAAGAAAGCGGUAUUAUUAGUCAGGUUAAUGUGGAUUUCGUGGUUAUGGACCAAAGUACGCUGAGCUGGUCCACUCGAAUAAAAGGUUUUGCUAUUUGUUUUAUUGUUGGUAUUCUAUGUUCCUUCCUUGGAUCGUUUGCCUUAUUCUUAAAUAAGGGACUCACAGUAUUUGCUGUGUUCUAUACAUUAGGGAAUAUCAUCUCGCUAGCAAGCACAUGCUUUUUAAUGGGUCCUUGCAAUCAAUUAAAAAAGAUGUUUGCAGCAACAAGAGUGAUUGCAACUGUUUUAGUAUUUGUUACAAUCGCUAUGACAUUAUUUGCAGCUUUACACCUGAAAAAUCCUGGAUUGGCUCUUUUGUUUAUAAUUAUCCAAUCAUUGGCAAUGACAUGGUAUUCCUUAUCCUAUAUACCGUAUGCGCGUGAUGCUGUAAAGAAAACUGUGGAAUCGUGUAUCACAUGAAAAUAUCUGCAAAGUAUGCAGCUCAGAAAUACAUUACUUAAUAAACAUGUUCAAUUUUCAAAGUCUAUAUUGCACAAGUAGUAAAUUGAACUACAUAACUGACUUAAACAUGUGAAACUAACAAAACAGAUAUGGAUAAACCGUAAUAAGCAUUUAUUUUAAUAAAAUACUAAAUGUUUAUCUGUAUUUGAGUGACAAUAUGACAAAAAUCUCUUUCAAAUAUAAAUUUAAUAUUAUAAUAUUUUAUAACAAUAUCGUAAUGGAAUAAAACUAUAUAAUUUAUAUAUACAUAAUCAUUGUACAGUAUGAGUAAUUUUGUACAUUAAAAUGAUAUUAAACUAUUCA